AGCCCGCGCGUGUGCUCUGCCAGCCAUGGCGGCCGCUAAGAAGCCAUUAGAGUUCCACGCCAAGAGACCCUGGGCCCCCAGGGAGGCGGUAGAAGAUCCGGACGAGGAGGACGAGGAUGAUACCCGUGAAGCCGAGAAUGGCUUCUCCCUGGAGGAAGUAUUACGGCUUGGAGGCACCAAGCAAGAUUACCUUAUGCUGACUACUUUGGAUGAGAAUGAAGAAGUGGUAGAUGGAGGCAAAAAAGGAGCAAUUGAUGACCUGGAACAAGGUGAACUGAAAGCAUUUAUUCACAGUCUUAAUCUGGCCAAGUAUGCAAAAACAUUCUUAACUGAAGAUGAUGAACCAGCUAAAAAAGAAAAGUCCAGCAAAAAAGAAGCCAAAGCAUCUAAAGUAGAUAAUAAAAAGCAAAAUGCUGAAGAAAGUCAAAGAACAUCAGUCAAUAAGGUAAAAAAUAAUAAUAGGCCAGAACCAUGUUCUGAGAAGAAUAACAAUACUAUACCAAAAGUAAAGAAAGAGAAACAGGACAUCUUUGAAUUUUUCGAGAGACAGACUUUAUUACUCAAGCCUGGAGGCAAAUGGUAUGAUAUAGAGUACAGCAGUGAGUAUUCUUUGGAACCCCAGCCUCAGGAUGUUGUGUCUAAGUACAAAACCCUGGCUCAGAAGUUGUAUGAGCAUGAAAUCAGCUUAUUCAAAAGUAAGACAAAUAAUCAAAGGGGAGGAGCCUCUUCUACCUGGAUGAAGGCAAUUGUGUCAUCAGGGACCCUGGGUGACAGGAUGGCAGCCAUGAUUCUUCUUAUUCAGGAUGAUGCUGUUCACACACUGGAGUUCGUAGAAACCCUUGUGAACCUUGUUAAAAAGAAGGGCAGCAAACAGCAGUGCCUGGUGGCUUUGGAUACUUUCAAAGAGUUGCUCAUCACAGACCUUUUGCCAGACAGUCGGAAGCUCCGGAUUUUCAGCCUGCAUCCUUUCAACAAACUGGAACAGCUGUCCAGUGGCAACAAGGACUCGAGAGACCGCAGACUGAUAUUAUGGUAUUUUGAACACCAGCUGAAACACUUAGUGGCUGAAUUUGUGCAGGUCUUAGAAACUUUAAGUCACGAUACAUUAGUAACCACUAAGACCAGAGCCCUUACUGUGGCCCAUGAGCUUCUUUGUAACAAGCCUGAAGAAGAAAAGGCUCUUCUUGUGCAAGUGGUAAAUAAACUGGGAGAUCCUCAAAACAGGAUAGCUGCAAAAGCCUCCCAUCUGCUGGAGACAUUGCUUUCUAAACAUCCCAAUAUGAAAGGGGUUGUGUGUGGCGAGGUAGAAAGACUCCUCUUUCGCUCAAAUAUCAGCUCCAAAGCCCAAUAUUACGCAAUUUGCUUUUUAAAUCAAAUGGCCCUCUCCCAUGAAGAAAGUGAACUGGCAAACAAAUUAAUAACUCUUUAUUUUUGCUUUUUUCGGACUUGUAUCAAGAAAAAAGAUAUUGAGUCAAAAAUGCUUAGUGCCCUGUUAACAGGUGUGAACAGGGCAUACCCGUACUCCCAGACUGGUGAUGAGAAAGUGAAGGAGCAGGUUGACACUCUUUUUAAAGUGUUGCAUAUUGUGAAUUUUAAUACCAGUGUGCAGGCUUUGAUGUUGCUUUUCCAAGUAAUGAAUUCUCAGCAGACAAUCUCAGAUCGAUAUUAUACAGCAUUAUACAGGAAGAUGCUGGAUCCAGGGCUGAUGAUGUGUUCCAAGCAAGCGAUGUUUCUCAACCUUGUUUACAAAUCUCUGAAGGCCGACAUCAUGUUGCGCCGGGUGAUGGCUUUUGUGAAGAGGUUACUUCAAGUUACUUGUCAACAGAUGCCACCAUUCAUAUGUGGAGCUUUGUACCUUGUAUCUGAAAUCCUGAAAGCAAAGCCAGGUUUAAGAAGUCAACUAGAUGAUCACCCGGAGUCUGAUGGAGAAGAAAAUUUUAUUGAUGCAAGAGAUGAUGAAGACUCAGAAAAAUUCACUGAUGCAGACAAAAAAGCAGACACAGUGGAAGCAGCUGAGACAGAGAAAACUGUGUCUGAAAGUGGUAAAGAGGCCAAAAAGCCAGAAAUUGCUUCCUGGGUACACUUCGAUAAUUUGAAAGGUGGCAAACAGUUUAAUACAUAUGAUCCAUUCAGUAGAAACCCUUUGUUCUGUGGAGCUGAAAAUACAAGUCUGUGGGAACUCAAAAAGUUAUCUGAGCAUUUUCAUCCUUCUGUGGCCCUUUUUGCAAAGACUAUCCUUCAGGGAGAUUAUAUUCAAUAUUCAGGGGAUCCACUUCAGGAUUUCACUCUGAUGAGAUUCUUGGAUCGAUUUGUAUACCGAAAUCCAAAGCCCCAUAAAGGCAAAGAAAACACAGACAGUGUUGUGAUGCAGCCAAAAAGGAAACAUUUUAUGAAUGAUAUUCGUAGUCUGGCUGUGAACAGUAAGGAGUUCCUUGCAAAAGAAGAAAGCCAGAUACCAGUGGAUGAGGUGUUUUUCCACAGGUAUUAUAAAAAAUUUGCUGUUGUUAAAAAGAAACAAAAACAGUAUGCAGAUGAAGACAGUAUAGAAGAUGUGGAUGAUGAGGAGUUUGAAAAGCUGAUUGACACAUUUGAAGAUGACAACUGUUUCAGCGCUGCAAAGAAUGAUAUGGAUUUUGCUGGCAACGUGAAAAAGAAAGCAAAAGGAGCCAAGCAAAACCCAGAGGAUGAAUAUUCAGAAGACAGUGAUGAUGAAAUUGACAACCUGGAUGAUGAUGAAGUUUCUUUAGGAAGUAUGAACAAUGAAGAAUUUGCUGACAUUGACGAAGAUGGAGGAACAUUCAUGGAUGUGUUAGAUGACGACAGUGAGGCUAUCCCAGAACUUGAAGUCCACUCCAAAGGCAGUUCUAAGAAAAGCAAGAGAAAAGGUGCAGAUGACUUUGAUUUUGCUGGCUCAUUUCAAGGACCAAGGAAAAAAAAGAAGAGAAACUUGCAGGACUCCAGCCUAUUUGUAUCUGCUGAAGAGUUCGGCCACCUAUUGGAUGAAAACGUGGGAUCCAAGUUUGACAGUACUGGCAUGAAUGCCAUGGCUAACAAAGAUAAUGCAAGUUUCAAACAGCUUAGAUGGGAGGCUGAACGUGAUGACUGGCUACACAACAGAGAUGUGAAAAGUAUCAUCAAGAAAAAGAAACACUUCAAAAAGAAGAGGAUGAAAACCAUUCACAAAACUAAAAAGCAAAGGAAAUGAGUUUCUAAUGUAAAUUGCCAAUUAAAAUUCUACUUACUUCUAAUUUUUGCUGUUUAACCAUUUUUGUUGAUCUUGCUCUCUGAUACCAUGCAUUCCAGCCUGUUCAAUGGAUUUGUAAUAAACUAUAAAUAAAAAUAGCCAUCAUUUGUAAAGUCA